UAGCCGCACAGAAGCAGCAGCUGCUCCAGAGAUCCACUGACCGCCGAACACACUCAUCUUCAUCUGAGGAAUGGCUCUGGACUUUGUUGCAGGAUGUAUGGGAGGAGCCGCAGGUGUGCUGGUCGGACAUCCGUUUGAUACGGUCAAGGUGAGACUGCAGGUCCAGAGCGUGGACAAGCCCUUGUACCGCGGCACGUAUCACUGCUUCCAGUCCAUCGUCCGUCAGGAAUCGAUGCUGGGUCUCUAUAAGGGCAUCGGCUCACCCAUGAUGGGCCUGACCUUCAUCAACGCCAUCGUGUUCGGCGUGCAGGGAAACGCCAUGCGUAUGUUGGGCGUGGACACCCCUGUGCACCAGUUCCUGGCGGGCGCAGCGGCCGGACUCAUCCAGUGCGUGAUCUGCUGCCCGAUGGAGCUGGCCAAGACCCGCAUGCAGAUGCAGGGAACGGGCGAGAAGAGCGCCUCCAGGAGGAUGUACAGGAACUCUCUGGACUGCCUGAUCCGCAUCCACCGCAAGGAGGGAGUCCGAGGGAUAAACCGAGGAAUGGUGACCACCGUCAUCCGCGAGACGCCUGGCUUCGGCGUGUACUUCCUCACCUACGAUACUCUGACGCGAGCGCUGGGCUGCGACGCCGACGACGCAUACAUCAUUCCCAAGCUGCUCCUGGCGGGAGGCAUGUCGGGAAUGGCGUCCUGGAUCUCCACGUAUCCUGUGGACGUCAUCAAGUCCCGCCUCCAGGCGGACGGAGUGGGCGGAGCCAACAGGUACGACGGCAUCAUGGACUGCGUGCGUCAGAGCUGGAGGAGAGAAGGAUGGAGGGCCUUCACUCGAGGCCUGACCUCGACUCUCUUGAGAGCGUUUCCGGUCAACGCCACAACCUUCGCCUCCGUCACGCUCUUCCUCAUGUACAUGCGCGAGGAUGAUGACGGUGUGAAGGACUGCGAGGCCAUGCGGCCGAGUCUGCAGCACAGCAGCCUGUGACU